AACAAAACAAGAAAUAAUUUUCUCAGAUUAUUAAUUUUGUUGUGUGUGUGGGGAGGAACAACAGAUUGAUCGAGUGGUCACGGAAGCUCUCCUCUGCUUCUCUCUCUCCAGAAGAACAACAACAGCCCUCUCUCUGUAGAUUCUCUCUGCAUCUGCUUCUCUGAAGAAGAAGAACCUGGAGAUUUUGAAUUUUUGUCUUUCUCUCUGAUUUUUUUUUUCAAUAAAGGCUCAAGCUUUGAUACAAAUUCAUUUACAGAAUCAAUUUUUGGCAUCUGGGGAUGUUUCAUUUUUGAAAGGGUUAUUAUAGUUGCUGAUUUCAUGAAUGGAAGAAAAGGAAUUACAGUAAAAGGAAGAAGAAGGAAGAAAGGGUCUGAAGGAAAAUGCUAUACUUGAAACAACCCAACAACAACUCAAUUUAUUAGGGUUCUUAUAAAAAAAGUGUGAUCUUUCUCUCUCGCAUGUCCAUUUGAUCUUCCCUCGAGCGAGCUCAGCUCGGGGAUCUCUGAGGGUUUUCAUAUUUUUCAUCAAUGGCAGCGAAUAACGAGCUUGAUCCAAUAAUGGGUAGUAGUUAUUUUCUUCAGAAGUUUAAGUUAUACGAAACUGAAUCGAAUUUUUAUAUGGUGGGAAGAGACAAGAGUAGAAUGUUAUGGAGAGUGUUAAAGAUUGAUAGAUUAGAGGCGACUGAGCUAAACAUUGGCGAAGAUGCUACUACUUACUCGCAAAUAGAGUGUUCUGAUCUACUGAAGCGAAUAGAUGAAGGAAACAAGUCAACUGGCGGACUUAAGUUUGUCACCGCUUGUUACGGAAUUGUUGGAUUUGUGAAAUUUUUGGGGCCUUACUAUAUGCUACUUAUCACGAAGAGGAAGCAAAUUGGUGCAAUCUGCGGUCAUAGUGUAUACGCUGUUACAAAGAGCGAGAUGAUCCCACUUCCAAAUUCUACUGUUCGGGCCACUAUGCCUUUUUCUAACAACGAGAACAGAUACAAGAAGCUCCUAUCCACAGUGGAUCUUACUAAGGACUUCUACUUUAGCUACUCAUACAAUGUUAUGCGUAGUCUUCAAAAGAAUUUAUGUGAUGGAGAGACAAGGAAGGUCCUAUAUGAAACAAUGUUUGUUUGGAACGAGUUCUUGACACGGGGGAUCCGUAAUCACCUCAAAAAUACUUUAUGGACAGUUGCGUUGGUCUAUGGCUUCUUCAAACAGGCUAGACUUUCAUUAUCAGGCAGAGACUUCAAUUUCACACUCAUUGCUAGGCGUUCACGUCAUUAUGCUGGCACCAGGUAUUUGAAGCGAGGCGUAAAUGAGAACGGUAGAGUAGCAAAUGACGUUGAGACAGAACAAAUUGUAUUUGAGGAUGUUGCUGAAGGAAGUCCAAUCCAAAUAAGUUCUGUGGUGCAGAACCGAGGUUCAAUACCCCUCUUCUGGUCUCAGGAAACAUCUCGUCUGAAUAUGAAACCUGAUAUCACAUUGUCAAAGAAGGAUCAAAAUUACGAAGCUACUAGACUUCAUUUUGAGAAUCUGGUCAAGAGAUAUGGAAACCCAAUAAUCAUUUUGAAUUUGAUUAAGACACGUGAGAAGAGGCCACGAGAGUCUAUACUCCGUACAGAGUUCGCAAAUGCAAUUGAAUUCAUCAAUAAAGAUCUUCUAGAGGAGAACCGCCUGAGGUUUCUUCAUUGGGAUUUAAGCAGACACUCAAGGAGCAAAGCUACAAAUGUACUGGCAGUACUAGGUAGAGUGGCUGCUAAUGCUUUGGACUUGACAGAUUUCUUCUUCUGUGAAGUAAAGCAAGAGUUGGGACCCGAGGAAACAAUAAAGUCUCCUCCACAUGAGACAAGUGAUGCUUGUGAUGGGUCUCCUGUGACCCAUUUCGAUGAUAACGUAGAGAGUGCAGAUAGCUCAGAAACAUUCCCUGGUGAAGAGAGUGGUGAAACUCAAGGAAAUCCCUUAGUGAAGCCACUACGAUGUCAGAAAGGGGUCCUCAGGACCAAUUGCAUUGACUGCUUGGAUCGCACAAAUGUUGCACAAUACGCCUAUGGCUUGGUUGCAUUAGGUCAUCAGCUCCAUGUCAUAGGGUUUAUAAAUGUCCCAAAAAUUGAUCUAGAUUCCCGUUUGGCUGACAAUGUAAUGCGGUUUUAUGAAACAAUGGGUGACACCCUUGCACACCAAUAUGGUGGGUCUGCUGCUCACAACAAGAUAUUCUCGGAGAGAAGAGGCCAAUGGAGAGCAGCAACCCAGUCCCAAGAGUUCUUCAGGACACUUCAACGGUACUAUAGCAAUGCCUACAUGGAUGGCGAAAAGCAAGCUGCAAUAAAUGUGUUUCUGGGCAAUUUCCAACCGCAACAAGGCAGACCUGCGCUAUGGGAGCUGGACUCCAAUCAGCAUUACAAUGCUGACAGUAUGAGUACAUAUUUCAAAAGAUCGUUUUCAGAAAAUCUUCUUUCUGAAAAAAAUCCCAAUUCGCCGAGUACAGCAGUUGGAGAAAAGAAACUUCCUGGCUCACCCUUGCUUGAAAGAACACAAGGAAGUAAUAAACGUUUUUCUGACUCCACUCCAGAAAUCUCAACAUGUGAAAGUGAAGUGUCAUAUAACAGGCAUACUCCAUCAAUGGCAGACAGGCGUCUUUUUCCCGACAUGAGAAGCAACCAAAUACUUGAUGAUGAUUCAUUUAGCUGCUCAAAUUUUGUUGAUCUUGAACUGAUUUCUUCCUCUGGGACUUCUUGUGAAGAAGAGUCGUAUGAAAGGUCUGAGCUCAUAAAGUCUUCAUUAAGUGGAAUGUCUACAGAUGAUGUUUUGAAUCCGUCUCCAAGUAAUAGUGGAUCCAGCAUCAAGGGAAGAACACAGAUAGGGGAAGAGUCAUCAAGCAAAACAGUGGAUGAAUUUUCAGACAGAUUUGCUGACUGGGUGAAUUGUGGAGAGACUCUAUGCCAUUGAGGUGCAUAUACUAAUGGUUCCAUCCGAAAUCUUGCAUUUAGUUUCCUUCAUGGCUAUAUCCAUCUAGACACGUCACAUUUCCCGCCAACCCCCACAUUGUGGAAUUGUGCACGUAAUGGAAACGAUAAUUCGUGAAGGUCAUCAGAGUGGAAAGCUCUGCCAGAGCACAACUCUCCAGCAUUCACUGUAAAGAUACAUGUGCCACCCUAAGAGUUCUUCCUGUGCCACCCUAAGAGGUUCAUUUUGCUGUUGCACCGCGCGCAAGAACAGCAGUUAAAAAUUUGGCUUGGUACAGAACUACGAGGAGUAAAUAGUAAAAAGUAAAGAAAUAUAUUUUUCCGAUUCAGCUCUCUUUUUCCCUUUUAACACCUUAUCUAUGGACUUAGGGGUCCUAAUUCCUUGUAAAUAUGGUAGUGUCAUCUCCAAUUAUAUCGCAUUCACAGAUCAUCUUUUUUUUGUUGGUAGGAAAUAAUUUGUUUCAAGCAUAAUGUUUGAAUCACAGAACAGUAUUCUCUGUCUGGCUCGUCUCAUACAGUUUGUUCAAGCCUAUGAAUUUUUUGCUC